AUGGCAGACGCAGAAGAAGAGAGAGCUCUGGAGAACCAACUGGAGCUACAGCUGCAAGAACAGAAAGAAUCAUUAGAUGCCUUAAGUGAUGCUCUUACCUCCGACCCAUCAAAUCCUGAGCUUCUCUCUGUUCAAGAGGAGCUUGUUCAGGUCAUUAAAGACGCAGAGGAGGGACUUCUGCAUCUAAAACGUGCACGAUUAUUACGAGAAGCAGAUUCAGUAUUACGUGCUUCGAACCAUGCUGUGGAGGAUGUUAAGGCUGAGCCUCUUGAUCCGUUUGAUGUUGAACCAGAACCACUAGGGGACAAGAGUUACACUGUUGGGUCAAAAUGUAGAUUCCGUCAUGUUGAUGGACGCUGGUACAAUGGUCAAAUUAUUGAGUUGGAUGGUUCUGAUUCUGCAAAGAUCUCUUUCCUCACACCUACAUCAGAAAAUAUGUUGCUAUGCAAGUUUUUUCUGCAACAACGAUGUCGAUUUGGUACUAACUGCCGCCUAUCACAUGGGGUUGAUGCGUUGUUAUCCUCCCUGAAGAAUUAUGUGCCAACAAUGUGGGAUCAAUCAUUGGUGGGGUCCAGUAUUUGGGCACAUUCAGAUAGUAACGUUGGCAUAUGGAGGAAAGCUGAACUUGAAUCUUGGGAUAAUGAAGACAGAGUAGGGCAGGUUGUUUUCCAUGAGGAUGGCAGCUCGGCAAAGCUAGGGAGUGAAGCUAUGACGAUAUCUGAGUAUGCUUUGAUGACUGAUGAAGACGAAAGUGGUUCGAGCUUAGAAGAAUCUGAUUCUAGCGAUUAUGAUGAAGAGAGUGCAGAAGGUUUAGGAUUUCUUGAGAGCACAAACCAACAAAGAGGUGUCCAAACAGGAACUGCCAUAUUUGCAACAUGGGAAAACCAUACCCGGGGCAUAGCUUCUAAGAUGAUGGCAAAUAUGGGUUAUCGUGAAGGGAUGGGAUUAGGUGCGUCUGGUCAGGGCAUGUUGAAUCCUAUCUCUGUGAAGGUCCUUCCACCAAAGCAAUCACUUGAUCAUGCUUUGGAGUCUCAUAAAGACGGGAUCGAAGAGAAGAACGCAAAGAAGAGAAGCAGGGGUGGGAAAAGAAAACGUGGGAAGAAGUUUGCAGCUGCAGCUAGGGCAGCAAAAGCUGCUGAGGAAAUGAGUCCAGAUGUUUUUACUCUCAUCAACAACCAACUUGCUGGGCAUAAUGAAGCUCUGAAUGGGGAGUCAGCUAAGAAGCAGAAAAGUAAAGGCUCAGAAGAGAAGAAAGUCGAUAGGCGGGAGUUGCUUGCUUAUGAUGAUGAGAUUAAGGAAUUGAGAAUGCGUGUGGAGAAGCUUGAAGAGAUGGCAAAUAGAAACAAAAAGGAAAAGGUGGUUUAUGACGCUGCUAUAAGAAAAUUAAACGAGACGCACAUAGCUUUGGCAAAAGCCGAGGCUGCUAAAGCAUCUGCAUCAAAUUCUAUAACCGGUAGAGAAAAAGAGAAGAAAUGGCUUAAGUUUUGA